AUGAGGUCAAAAAGACCUCGCGAAGAGCGGAACAGAGACGGUCAUCCAGUUGAUAUGCUAUUUACGUACAUUUUUAUUUCUCUAAUUUUCCUUGCGCAUGCUUUCUUUACCAAACACUUCGCCGAGUUUCUGGAGAGAGACUACGGUACCAAGUUCAAGGAUCUACUUCAGAGGAGCGACUUGGGUGGUGUGGGAUCGUUCGGUGGCAAGGCUGACGACGACGAAGUCCUGAACCACGAUCCUGUUGUAUUUGUUCAUGGGGUUUCCGAUGUUGCAGGACUCAGAAUGCAAGCCGUAGCCAACCGUUAUAAAGGUUUCGGAUAUAAGGACAGCGAACUCUACUCAACCACAUACGCCUAUGGUGCACGGUUAAAUCCAUUGCAAUGGACACAGUAUUCGAUGAAGUGCGAAUACGUGAAGCAGGUUCGUGCUCUAAUUCUCGCUGUGCGGUAUUACACAAGGAAGAACGUAGACGUUGUGGCAUUCUCUCUGGGAGUACCGAUUGCUAGAAAAGCUAUGUUGGGAGGGCAGUGCGUGGAUACAAAAGAGGAACUAGGCAGCACACUCUCUCGUUAUGUGGACACAUUCUUAGGCUUGGCUGGUCCCAACCAUGGAAUGACCUUUAAUAUCGCUGGAAUAUCACUGCCUGCAUGCGCACUUGGCACACUUCCUAUAUGCGACCGAGUUGUAGGUCUGUACUCUGGUCUAUGUCCCUAUGAGAGCGAGUUUCUAAAGGAUAUCAAUCACGAGCAUCAUUAUGAAGGACGCAAAGUAUACUCAAUUUACAGCCAUGUUGAUGAGAGAAUCGGUUACAAAGUUUGUGGCAAGGUCACUGCUUCUAUCAGCGGAGAAGAUGACCACAAGUCGUUUCGAAAUCUCAAUCAUGAUGAAGUUUUGGACACCACUCAUGAGCUGCAGAUAUCCAUGAUUCAAGGCCGCUUUGGGGACCAGAUUGACGACGCAACGGUGUUGCCGAAGGCUUCCAACCUCAUUGAACAGAUCCUCAAUCAAGACAAUGCUACUAUUAUUUUGAAUAGAGAGGGUCUCAGCGUGAGCGACGUAGCCGUGGACAAUUCGGACAACAAUUUAUUAUGGAAGAUGGGUGAACAAGAGAGGAGCGAGUCAUCCGACCAAAACAUUGACAAAAUCCGAAAAUACUUUCGAGAGAAGGGCGUUGAUUCGUCGCUGGAGCGCACCGAUUCGCCGAGCAUACCAGACGACUCGCUUUUUCAUAGAAAAAGCAGAAUGAGGGAAAACGCCAAUAAUACUGUAGGCGGAGGAGGAUAUCAUACAAGAAUAUCUUUCAGGAUUCAAUGA